ACAUAGCCGCCUGUGCUUAUCUGUCGCUACUCCAGUGGCUCUCCACGAAUUCGAGUCCGCUCCUCAGGUCGCCUCAUUGGUACCUUGCGUAGCUCCAACGAACGACGCCAUCAGCUUGCUCCUACACUCUCUCCGUCGACUGCCACCGAUCACCCUCCUUUUCUCAUGGCCCAUCGCCACACAAUUAUUUUAAUGCAGACUUCUCAGAACAGGGCAACUAGAACAUUUAUGGAUUAUGAGUCAAUAAGCCAGGCAAUGGAUGGUAUCUGUGCUUUAUAUGAAAGGAAGCUUAAGGAGUUAAAUCCCGCCAUCAGAAAUCUCUCAUAUGAUAUCGCUGAUCUCUACAACUUCAUAGACGGUCUUGCGGACAUGAGUGCUCUAGUUUAUGAUCAUUCAGUCCAGGCAUACCUGCCUUAUGAUAGGCAGUGGAUUAAGCAAAAGACCUUUCAACAUUUGAAGAAAUUGGCACAUUGAUUGAUGUAUGAAGUACCUCGGACCUCUAAUUGCUGGCAAUCUUAAUGUAAAGGGAAUCAUUUAAGUGUCAAUGUGGGGCUAUAGAUGUGAUGGGUAUGCUGCGUAGCACGAAAGCGUUACUUGCUUUUAGCACACAUUUUCAAUUCAAUACGAAUACGAAUAAUAGGUGCAGAUGAAGUGUCAGACUAAGUAACAGCUAUCGGCUUGGUUUUCUGUAUCCUUAUCCUCAGCACUAUAUUUAGAAAACUUGGCCUUAUUUGAAUUCUGGGUUGUAUACGCUGAUGAAUUAUGUUGCACAGGACAUUCCAGGUCUUGAUAUGCCAUACGCGUGUAGCCGAUGUGAUUUGGCUGGCCGGAUAGCAAGUGCAUGUGACAAUUAUUCCA